UAAUUAUUGUUGUCUCAUUUAAAACGCCAUAUUAUUAUUGUUAUUACAGCCGUUAGGAGGUCGAACGUACGACUCGACGUGGCGGUUCGUCACUUAACUUAAUAAUUAUAAUUAUUUUUUCAAUUCUUAUUAAUAUUGUUGUUAUUGAGACAUAUGCGCGAUGUUUGAAAGUUUUCUUCUCGUUGUGUUUGUUUUCAACGCUAAAAUGGUUAGAUCUACACAUGAUCUUACACAAUAAACGGCGGCGUUGGCGUCUAUUAUCGCCACUGACGUCGCGUUAUCCGGAUCUCGAAAGUCUGAAAACCCAAAUCCGUUGUCUAAUACACAAUUAUAUUGAUAAUUAUCUCAUUACAUUGUUUUGGGAAGAUGAGGCACGACAGAAUGACGUUUUACGUAAGACUCGUGUUCUGUACGGGGCUAAUGGCAAUUCACCAGUUUGUGGUCGGAUGUUCGCUUCUUUUCUCGGCUAUUUUCCUGGUCCAAGUCCGGCAACCCUCGUCCGGUAUCAAAGUCGACGACCAACAGGCGUCGUGGAUAGCUAGUAUACCGUUUCUGGUGUGUCCAAUCGGAUUGAUUGUGAUAGGCGUAUUGACCGACGGAAUAGGCAGAAAAAAGUCUCUACAAGUAUCCUACAUACCAUUGGUAUUGGGUUGGUUUAUACUGUCGUACGCUCAGAGCUUGAACGCAAUAAUUAUCGGAAGAAUUAUGCUGGGCUUCUCCUUAGGUACCGGCUCAUGCGUGUACUUAUACCUGGCUGAAGUCUGUCCGGCCGCUCACCGUCCACUUUUCUUCGGGUUGAUCACCGUUUCCGUGAGUCUGGGCAUGUUCACGAUGCCAGUUAUGGCUCCGGACUACGACUGGCGGACGCUGUCGUUAAUGAACGCCGUGCUGAGCGUGACUGGCGUGCUGGCGCUGUUCGCCGUGCCGGAGUCGCCCAUGUGGUUAUGGUACACGGGCCGCGAUCAACAAGCCAAAGCAACCGAGAGAUGGUGGGGCAUGGUCGACUUGUUGCCUGUGGCCACCUCUAACACAGCACCGAAAAUAACGACGCCUGCCACAUGGUCCGUGUACUCCAGGCCGUCCGUCUGGAAACCGGCUCUGCACGGCCUGGUCUUCUUCGCUUGUCAACAGGGCACUGGGUUCUACGUGCUCAUGUUUAAUUCGGUGGAUGUACUCCAGAAAUUCCGGGUACCAUGCGAUGGUAUUACAAUUACGACCUGGAUGUCUGCAGCCCGAAUAGCUGGCAGCGUGACUUACGCGUUCCUGUAUUACGUCAACCGGACAACUCUGACGGUCGUUUCGAGCCUGGGCAUGUUCGUAGGCCUGUUCACCAUUAUAGGUUAUCUGGUCAUAUUCAACGACGUCCAGGAUCCUCCAUACGGUUGGCUCACGUUACCACCAGCGUUUUUGCUUUACGUUUUCUUCAGCGUCUUGGGUACACUUCCGCUGCCUUGGGCCAUGUGUGGUGAACUAUUCCCGAUGGGCGUAAAAGGAACAAUGAAUGGAUUGGUUUAUUCUUGCGGAUUUAUCGUGAUGUUCGUUGCCAUACAAAUAUAUCCGGCAUUAGUGUUGGAUUUUGGAAUAAUAACUGUUUGGUCGAUAUUCGCUGUAUUUUGUUUGUUGUCUGCCGCCUACGGUGCGUUUUUAAUGCCAGAAACCAAAGGAAGAUCUCUUGCCGAAAUUUUAGAAUACUUUGAAGAAAAAGAUAACACCGGCAAACGUACAUCGGCUAUUAAAUGAUCACAUACCUAUACAUAAUUAGUAUAAUUAAGUAAUAAUUUGAAACAUCACGUACUGAAAGUUACAAAUUAACACUGUGCAUUGUAUUAUAUAAUAUGUUUUUUUUAAAUUUAAAUGCAUGUUUUGUACAAAUG